AUAUAGAUACAGAUGUAUACGAAUGGGCUGGCGAAUUAUGUUUUACCUCCCCUCAAAACAAUUGUAUUACCUACCACAGAUAUAUUGCCUCACUGGCCAUAUUUGGCACGCGGGUCUUAGUUUGCCCACCCCGGUAUAGACUGUCAUUAUACGCCAGCACGAGAAAUAUUGUGCACUUGCUUCAUGUUUAAUUAAAAACGUAUUUUAGAGUCAUUAUUUGAAUAACGGAUGGCUAAGCGUAAUACAAUCUAUGGGUUAUUUCCACGAGUGGACGACUCAAAUGAACUCUAUAUCGACAGGUUCACCAGCAAAGAAUGAAGACGUUUAAAGAUUUGCUUAUUAUUGUCUUGUUGAGCAACACCACCACUGGUGUGCUGAAAGAGAAGUCAUUUCGUUGUACUGAUGAGGCAGAAAACAACAACUGAAUAACCGAUAUUUCCAAACAUACUUCAAACGCGCAACUUUUCAACAACAUAUAGUAAAAUGGACGAACAACUAUGUAAUAUCUUUUAAGAUUAACAAUGGAGUCAACCGUUAACUCUUCCGAUGGUGAAUUGUAUGAUGCGAUCUUGACAGAAGACCUGGCGCGUAUUAUCAAUUUUACCCAAAAACGGGGUUCCAACUUUGAGAUCGAUUUAAGAACCACGGGGCGUCUGCAUGACAUACUUUCCAAGGGCCUGGCCAUUCUCCCACUCCACCUGGCUGCAUGUUACAGGAAAGCAAAGAGUCUUGAGAGCCUUCUGUCUGCCGGGGCAGACCCGGACAUCAGGGACCUAAGAGGCCGCAACACACUACACCUAGUGAUCACCCACUGGCCUUCCAUGCUGGCUCCCUGGCCCAAGGCAAGCACUGGGUUUGAGAUGGCCAUGACGUCUGUGCAGCGCCGAGCCGAGGACUGCAUCAGGGUGCUCUGCAGCCACGGAGUCAACGUCAAUGCUGAGGUGGAUAGUGACAGCCGCCACACUGCACUUCACCUGGCAGUUCGCUACGGAGCAUCGCCCGCUAUUGGCGUCCUGGUGAGCCACAGCGCCAAAAUUAAUGCUGUCGACCACUUCGGAAUGACGCCCCUUCAUAUGGCGGCCGGGAUUCUCAAUACGGGGAUGACAGCCAGACUGAUUCAGCUUGGGGCUGACGUCAACAAGGUUGCAGUUGGUUAAUUGGGUCUUUUUAGUUUUGUCAUUUGUGUUCAGAGGAAUGUUUCCGGUACAAACAUACUGACAGUGUGUAAGAAUGCCCCACAUUAUGUAAUAAAGACGGCCUUUAUUUGAAGGUGGUGAGUAAAUCGGGGAACAGCCCCCUUCACCUGGCUUCCCUGGCAGCAUGCAGCCGGCC